AUGAAAAGAAAAUUUUUGAAAAAAUACUUUCCUGCAUCCCAGGUUGCCAGUUUACAAAAAGAGAUAUGUGGCAUUAAGCAGAGUUUCGGGGAGUCUUUCUACGAAUAUUGGGAGAUAUUCAAGAACUUGUGUACCAGUUGCUCCCAACAUCAGAUUAGUGAACAACUCCUCAUUCAGUACUUCUAUGAAAGCUUGCUUUACAAAGAUAGGAAUAUUAUCGAUGUUGCAAGUGCAGGUGCAUUAAUGAACAAAACCUCUCGGGAGGCAUGGGAAUUAAUUGAAGGGAUGGCCGAAAGCUCCCAACAAUUUAGCACAAGAGAGGACAUUCCAACUCAUCAUGUGAACGAGGUAAACAUUUCAUCGAUGCAAAAGCAACUAGUUGAAUUAACUUCUAUGGUUCACCAGAUAGCAAUGGGGAAUAUGCAGUAUGUCAAGAUAUGUGGAAUUUGCAAGGAAGUUAGUCACCCCACUGAUGGAUGUCUGAUGCUACAAGAGGAGAGUGCUGAACAAGUGAAUAUGGCUGGCAACAUGCCCAUGCCACGGAUGCAAUAUGAUCCAUACUCCAAUACCUAUAAUUCGGAAUGGAGGGAUCACCCAAACUUUAGUUAUAGAGGAAACAGACAACAUAAUUUUAGUCAAUAUAGACAACAAGGAUUCCAGUCCCAAUAUCCUCCAAAGUCUCAACCUUCAUCCUCUAAUUCAAGAAGCUCCUUGGAAGAUAUUGUCAAAAGUUUGGCCACUAGCACUGCACAAUUCCAACAGAAAAAUCGGUCAAGCAUGAAAAUUUUGGAGGACCAGAUAAGUCAGAUGACAACAUCAAUUAACUAUUUAGAAUCUCAUAUUUUUGAAAAAUUUCCAUCGUAA